UUCGCAAAUGCAGAGGCAAACACGUGUGUCUCGCACGUGCACCUUGUGAUGGGCGCUUGUCGUCUGGAGUGCACGUGUCACGUAGCUCUCUACCUAUUUAUCAGCCACGGAUGUCGGAUGCUGGUGUCGUUGGCUAAUCUCCCGCGAAAAGCCCGCAGCCUAAUUGAGAAGAUCGUAUAUUGGCCAAGCGAAAACUCAGAGAUCUUCUCCUAAUUAGAGAAGGUCUGGAUCCAAUCCCAAGCAUCCGGGGACCAGAGAGACGAGAGGAAAAAGGAGCAGCAGUUUAUCGAUUCUUUCUCUGAUCUCAGUUUCUGACGAGCUUUGGAUUUUAUCAGUGAUUGCAAAGGUCUACUAGCCUUUUGCUGGUUGCUGACACCGCAAUGCCCCGACUCAGGAGGCUCUAUCAAGUUUGGAAGGGAAACAAUAGGUUCUGGUGUGGUGGGAGGCUAAUAUUUGGUCCGGAUGGUGCUUCACUAUCUCUAUCAAUGCUUCUCAUUGCUGGUCCAUCGAUUGCGUUUUGUUCUCAAGUGCUUGCCAAAAUUCUUAACCAUGAGAUGACCGACGACGAUAACCAAAAUCGAAUACUUGGAUCUCCAGUGCUGAUCGUGACGGCACUUCUCACUGUAGCAGAUUUGGCUUUUCUGUUGUUGACUUCUAGUAGAGAUCCAGGCAUAGUGCCAAGAAAUGCUCGACCCCCGGAUUCUGAUGAAGCAUUUGAUGUCACCACUCCUUCCAUGGAGUGGGUGAGUGCAGCAACUCCACACUUACAGCUGCCCCGUACAAAGGAUGUUAAUGUUGAUGGAUUUACCGUAAGAGUCAAGUUCUGUGAUACAUGCUUGCUUUAUCGCCCACCCCGGGCUUCCCAUUGCUCGAUCUGCAAUAAUUGUGUUCAGAAGUUCGAUCACCACUGUCCAUGGGUUGAUCAGUGCAUCGGAGUACGCAACUAUCGGUUCUUCUUCUUGUUUAUAUCAUCAUCAACCUUUCUUUGCAUAUAUGUCUUCACCUUCUCAUGGUUAAACAUUCUUAUAGAAGGAAAACGAUACCACAAUUCUGUCUGGAAGUCCAUGAGAAGCGAGGUCUUAUCACUUGUUCUCAUUGUGUACACUUUCAUAGCCAUUUGGUUUGUCGGUGGACUGACAGCAUUCCAUGUCUACUUAAUCAGCACAAAUCAGACGACAUACGAGAACUUCCGGUACUGUUAUGAUAAGAAGGAGAAUCCAUAUAACAAGGGCUUAUUGAAAAAUUUUAAAGAUGUUUUCUUCUCAAAGAUUCCUCCUUCAUUGAAUGAUUUCCGGUCAUGGGUGCUUGAAGAUUCACCGGAAGCUAGUUCUAUUUCUUGGAAUAGCGGGAUAAAUAUCGUUGGCUCAAAGGAGAAAAUUGACUUGGAAAUGGGCAAUAUGACCGAGUUAAGCAGCAAUAUGCAGAUUACGAAUACAAUGCAGGACUUGGAUUGCACUGCCAUUGAUGAUAAUGUUCAGGAAAAAGGAAGGCAUGAAGAUGUUGCCUCUUAUCCAUUUGCUUUUCCUGUUGUUCAAGAACCUACAGAACAAGCAUCCACAUGCAACAACCAAACCUGCAUAAGAGCAGAUGGAAUGAUUAUGGAUGAAAUGUCUGAUGAGGAGAGCUGCUUAAACGACAUUUCAACUCAUGUCGAUGAUGAUGGUCAUCUCCUAGAGACGCAAGGUGUUACUUGACAAAUCUUUCAAUACACUAGGAAUGAGCAUCGUACAUGAAACAGAGUUGCUUGCCGCGCCUUUCUCCAAGGAGAAAUGUUCAUCAGCCUGCCACAUUUUUGCCAUGGUUGAUCACCUUGCAGCUGUUGUUACAUGUUGCAAUAAAGAAAGCAGAAACAAUCAAUCAGGUUGCACCAUACUAGUGAUCCAUGGAACUAUUAGGGUAGUUCUGGAGGAAUUUUGUUUGUAUUUUUCUUCUAAUACUUAUUUUUUUCUUUUUUGGUUCAUUUUCAUGUACAGCUUGUGCAUAAGUUGGGACUUUUGUUCUUUGUGCAAGAGCAUUACUUACUAGAUUUGCAUAA